AUUACCUUGGACUACGGUAGUUAGGCACGGUUGUUCAAUCCCUCCUGCCUAGAUUGCCAUCCUGCGCAGGGGCGCCAUUCGAGCAGGGGGGUUAGCCACGAUGGCUGGUCAGUACAAUCUGAAGAGCCCGGGAGUCAAGCGGAUUCUUCAGGAAAUGAAAGAGAUGCAGAGAACCGAGAGCUCGGAGUUUGUUGCGGAAGCCCUAGGAAGUGACCUGUUUGAGUGGCAUUUCGCAAUCAGAGGUCCAGCGGAUACGGAGUUUGAAGGGGGGAUCUAUUGCGGACGCAUUGUGUUGCCUGCUGAAUAUCCAUUCAAGCCGCCGGCGUUCAUGUUUCUCACCCCAACCGGGCGUUUUGAAGUGGGGACAAAGAUCUGCCUCAGCAUCUCGCAGCACCACCCCGAGCACUGGCAGCCAAGCUGGAGCAUCCGGCUCGCUCUCACCGCCCUGAUUGCCUUCAUGCCAAGCAAGGCUGAGGGCGCGCUCGGCUCGCUCGACUACACCAAAGAGGAGCGCCGUGCGCUGGCUAUCAAGUCUCGUUCCACUCCUCCCAUGUACGGAAGUCCCGAGCGACAGGAGGUGAUCGACCGGCUCCACGCAGCUCUUCUCGAAGGGGCUCCGCCCGUGCCAGAUCUGGUCAAGGCCUCGUCAAAAGGCAGGUCGCUCCAGGAGGCAGAGGAAGCGAAGGGAGAGAGUGCAGCGCCGCCCGCAGCAAGGCCUCUUGCUCUUUGCGCUGAGGACGGGCGGGGCAGGAUAGCCAAUGGGGAUGAGGAGCAUGCGAGAAGAAAGGAAAUCGAAACGAGGAGCACCCGUGAGUCUGGAGGGCAGGGGCCAAGUGGCAGAGGUGCUGGUCAGAACGGGGAGAGUCAAGCGACGGUCUCGAACGGAGUGAAAAGGGGCAUUGAGAUUGAGGAGGAAGUUUUUGAAGGGCACGAGGGCGAGUCAAGCGGGAACGAGAGAAGCUCGAGCAUCGCUGAAGAAGCAGCCAAGGUGCAGGAAGGAAUUUCGAAUGCCGUUGACAGAGCAAGCACCAUGAGUGCGGAGGAAGGGGCACGGAAACGAGCACUGCAAAAACAUCCGCUAGAGUCAGGGGUUCCUCCGGCUCCUACAUCAUCAGCGGUGCGAAGUCAUGUGGCCACAAGUCAGAAGCGUAGGUCGUCAAGCCUGGAGGACAGAGCGCUCACAAUCCUUGCGGCUGUACUUGCAGCAUGCAUUGCUUGCUUACUGAUCCGAAAAAUACUAAGAUAUUUCUUGUAGUUGAACCAAGUUGCGAAACUUCGAUGGUGUGUUUCGGGCUUCACAUUGAAGACCCAAUCUCAGUGCAUAGCUUGACAAGAACAUGCUAAAGACCGAGGCGAAAUUGCUUGCAACAUCGGAAGUGACUUUAGCAUGUAGUUGGAAGCGACUUGCCACUUCAUGACUCAUUGGACUCAUAUGAUCG